AAAAAAAAGAGAUAUUUGACUUUCAAAUUUAAUUUCUAAAAUGAAGUUGGUGCUGGCAAUAGGACCAGAUUGAGUCAAAAUCGGACCAACUUUAGCGAUAAUUAGUUGCUUCCUAAGAAAAGGACUUGGAUUUAGUGUUGAGCAUUUAAAGGAGAUUACGCGAAAGAUCGUGGAAAUUUGCAAAGCCCGGAAGUUAGACCUGGGGAUCAUAUAGAAUAAUGCCCAUCUACAAGAGGUGAUUUUUUUCUUGGAUUACUUAUUGUCACAAAGGUUCCCUUUAGCGUUAAAUUAGAAUGCCGAUUGUUACUGUCAUCGCUUCGUCAAAAGAAUGCCCUAUUGUUUCCACCGAUAAUAAUUGUUCGGAUACCAACAUCCCGAAUUAAUAUUUACCAGCGUUGUGUGAAGUCAGAGAGAGAGUUUGUUUUAGAAGGAAUAGUCCGAAAUAUGUCAGGAUCAUCAGGGAAGAGGUCAUUCCAUUCUGAAAAAAACAGCAAUGAAUCUGACCUUAUCAGCUGGGAGGAUGUACCUCCAGAAGAGCCAUCGACCAGUUCCAGGAGCCGGAAAUCUUCCUAUUAUACUGAUGAUGAUGUGUCAUCAGCUGGCAGAGAUAGACAGAGAAAGGAAAGAAAAAUCGAACAUGGAAGAAGCGUUCUUCCGAUCAUUAAACGAGGUGUAAUGUUUGGGAAUCUCAAGCCGAUUCCCACCGACCCUAGAGUUGAUCCACCGCUUGGAUCAUGUAUCAGCUGUUGGAAGAUGGGACACAAGCGCAGUGAUUGUCCUAACCCUCAAUAUGGUUAUUGUCGCAAUUGUGGUAGGCGUGGAGUCACCAUGACUGAAUGUCCUCGCUGUGCUGAUCAACAUAGAAUUGACAUGUUGAAGAAGUAUGGUAAAACUAAUUACAAUGAUUUCAGGUCUGAACGGAUCGCAAAAGUUAAAGAUAGAAUGACAGAUUCAGGAAAAUUGAGCGUACAAGAGAAGCUCAAAAGGGACGUUGAUCAAGGAAGCAGCGUUCAACUAAUAGUCAAGAAGCUGAAGAGGGAUGAGUCUGAGGUAGAGGUGAUCACGAUUCCAAAACAGAACAUAUUGGAUGUAGGCCGAGGAACUCAAAUGUCAAAAGUGGUCAAAUUAGAACGUCCUGAACAAAUAAUCCUAGAAAAGGAAAAAAACGAUGAGAGGAGAGAAUCAACAGAGGAGGAAGAAUUGGAUCGGGACGAGGCAUGGGAAUUGUUGGAACAAGUUCCAACAGCAACAUUAAUCCCCCCAAAAUUACCUGUAGAUAUGUCGAUUCCACCGCCAAAUUGGGCCUUGCCAUCGCCCACAAUCGCACCACCAAUGCUGCCAACCCCAGUAACACACCAAAAUGCACCAAUACCAACGUUUACCCAACCACCGCCGAUGAUAUCGCAGCCGCCAAUCCAGAAGGAUGACACGGACCGAUUCAUCGAGCAAACGCGCUCCUUAGUUCAAGCUCUGGCCGGAUUACCAGCUGAUGCGGUAACACUGGCCAUGAAAGAAUUUUAUGAGGAAAGACGAAGAGUUAUCGACGGGAGAAAAUCAACAGAUAAACUCUAGGAGUUCGUUCAGUUUAACAAAAAUUUAUAAGUUUUGUUUCAUCUUCUUUUUUGUUUAUUAUAUUUGAGUUCUUUAUUAGCGGUUAAUUUUUUAGCAUCACUACAGGUAGUGACGAAUAAUUUAAUUAUUAAUUUCGUUUAAUUUGAAACGAUUUUGACUCGUCUGACAUCAGGUUGAACACUGUCCACCGUGGCAGAACGAGAUUGUAUGAGACGCGCCGAGUCGAGCACAUGGCGAGUGUGUGUAAAUUUUGAGGUUAAAACCUAGUGUGUUGAGAUACUCAUAAUUUCGAACAAUUUUGAGUUAUCGAAGUGUAUGAUACAACCUAAGAGGACUGUGUCAACCAGCGUUCAAAUUAUUGUUAACAUCAGGUCCAGCGUUUGUAACGAUAAAACAAUACCAUUUAGUGAGUUAAUUAUAAUAAAUUGAAUAUUGUUCUUAA